AGUCGUGGAGUUCGCAACUUUCAAUGUGUUUCAUUCAAAGUUCAAUUUCAACAUAAUACUGGACGGGAUUUUGAAUUUAAAUUUAUAGCUUUAUAUCUUAAGUCCAGCUCAAGAGAUGGCUACUAAUUCAGGCAAAUUUACAGACAGAAAUCCUGAUAUUUUAGCGGCAGGAAAAUUGGUGGGCAGUGGAGACUCGACUAGUGAUUGUUUUGCUGUUCAACACAAGGAUUCAGUCCCACCAAUGAUACAGAAAUUUUACAACACAACCAGACCAGAACCAGGGAAAGAAAGGAUCCAUUACGGUAAAGCUGAUGACAGCAAGAUUGCAUAUGAAAUAACUCAUGGUGUUAAUACAAGACCAUCACUUGUGGCAGGCGACUUAGUGAAUCCUUCCCCAAAGACCGCUUUCCGCCAAACAAUGGAGGAUAAAAGAGAAAGUCAAUAUCUCAGUAAGAAGAAAGCACCUCUAGGCAAAUGCCAUGAUCAAAGGCCAGGGUUGCCUGAAGGUGUGGGGCUCUACGACGUCGCGUAUGGGAUACCCACGUUAAGAGAAGGUAAAGCUGGAGAUAUCAUUAACCCACCCAAAUCAAGAAAACAAGUUGAUGUUGAGUCGGGCGAUGGUAAGGAUUUGUAUAAAGUCAGCCACCAUGCUUAUGAUGUUGCGGAAACUUACGACAGGAAAUAUAACUGGGAAAAAGUACCAAAGACGAGUACGUUUGGAGUGGAGACCCCACAUGACAACGAUGGAAUUCACGUAAAAAAGAGCUUAAAAUGGCUUUACGAUACUCAAAGUGCGAAAGCAGCACACAUCGUUCCCAAACGUCUGGAGGAAUUUCGUGAGCGCACGCAGCCACAACUUGGUAAAGUGCACGACCCAAUCAAAGAUACGAUGAACGUACCCCCGGAUCACACAUUCGGCGUUCUCUUUAAGCCAGACGAAUUUGGCGCGGGCGACCUCAUUCAUGGCCGCACACCUGAUAGAUAUCAGAAAGGAAGCGAACAUCAACGAGCUGUCUUAGCCGCAAUACGGCAGCACUUGAAGAAAUCAAAUUACCACAGCUUUAAAGACCUCAAGUCCGCGUUCCUCUAUUAUGACAAGGAUAAAUCAGGCAAGAUCAGCAUCGAUGAACUGCAAACAAUUUGCGAGUAUCUACGACUGCCAGUUGAGGAGGAACUAUUGCAUGCUCUGAUCUUAUACUGCGACGUGGAUGGUGAUAGGCAAAUAGAUUACGAGGAAUUCUGCAAGUUUCUGAACUGGGAAAACGCUUUUGAAGAUGAACUGGAAUAUAACCAGAAGGCAUGGCCAAAGGCGCAAGAGAAGAACAAGACAGAAGAUGGAGUGGAAUUACCAGAUAUUCAUAAAACAACAAGACAGAUUGAUAAAGCUGUUGGCGGAUGGAAGACAUCUUCUUCAACCAUUAAUGCAACUGUUGGACGUCAUAAUACGCAAGACUGGAAAUCAUUUGGUGUGCCGACCAUAAGAAGUGAUCUCGCAGCUCCACGCAUCAGAAGGAUUUCAGACAGAACUAAUUACGGCGAUGAAUCUGAUGCUUAUGGUCUCAUUAAUCCUUCCGUGUACAGCAAUCACGGCGUUCAUGAGAAAGAUUUCUUUCAACAUAGAACUCCUAACGAGGUACACCGUGUCAUAGAUAGCGUUGGUAUUCGAAUGUCCCCAGAAAUGUUUGAUGAAUUAUGGAAGAAAGCUGCUUCUGAGAAUCCACAGGGCUUGGUUAGCGUAAAUUCUUUCAAAAAAGCAAUGGACAUGCAUGCUGAUGAACGAUUGCAUGCACCACAGUUGCAGGAAGCUUGAAUGGACAACAUGAAAAUACUGUGUAUUUCAAAAGUUCUUGCAGUUAUACUGAACACAUGCCAAGCACAGCAACCACCGAAGAUCUUAGUUGCAUGGCAGACUGACAUUUAGGUAAAUAUUCCACAUGUAAGCUGGAGUCCUUCCUAACGAGGUCCAGACCAAGGCUUCU